AUGGACCGUCCUUGCCCCCGCCUUUUCAGGUCCCACUGGUCGGAUCUUUUCUCUGAACCCCUCGCUCUUCCCAGCCCCGGUUCCGGCUCCACCUGCCAGGACCGGGGGCCCGCCCCGCCCCCGCCGCGGCCGGCUUCCAGCCCCGGCCCCGCACCCCGCGCUCGCUGCCACCCGGGGCCCGUCGCUCGCGGCUCCUCCGUGCGGCCCGUUUCCGGUGGGGCAAGGGCGUCUCCGCGGCUGCCCGACUCCUGCGUGCUCAGCACCGCCGGCGGCGGCCAGAUGCAGGCGGACCGAGGAAAUCGGGGAGGCCGGGGUCGGCGACCCGGCCGCGGCCGGCCCGGCGGGGAUCGUGACCGCGAGCGGGCGGCCACCGCAGCGGCGGUGGCGAGAGGCGGCGGCGGCGGGGAUGGAGGCGGCCGGCGGGGUCGCGGCCGGGGCUUCCGGGGCGGCCGCGGAGGCCGAGGAGGAGGCGCUCCGCGAGGCGGCCGCCGGGAACCGAGAGGCCGGGGCGCCGAGGUCAGCGCGCCGCCUGAAGAUGACUGGGAUGCAGAGACCUAUGGAGAAGAGAACGAUGAACAGGGAAAUUAUUCUAAAAGGAAGAUAGUCUCUAACUGGGAUCGAUACCAAGAUACUGAAAAAGAGGUCGAUAAUGAAAGUGGAGAAGCACAGAGGGGGACAGAUUUCAGUGUCCUUCUCAGCUCUGCAGGGGACUCCUUCUCGCAGUUCCGGUUUGCUGAGGAGAAAGAGUGGGAUGGUGAAGCUUCAUGUCCCAAACAGAAUUCAGCAUUUUAUGUGGACUGUGAGUCACUGGUUCGAGCCCUUCAAGAACUGCCUCUCUCCCUCCGACUCAAUGUUGCUGCUGAAUUGGUCCAGACCACCCUCCCUUUAGAGCUUCCUCAGGUGAAACCAAAGAGAAAUGAUGAGGCCAAGGGACUAGGGAUGCAGUUAAAGGGGCCCCUGGGGCCUGGAGGAAAGGGGUCCAUCUCUGAGCUGAAAGCUGCCACUGCUGGCUGCCCCAGGUAUCCGGGUAAAGACAGCCCAGGACCGGGCCCUCAGAAGCCCGCUUCCCCACUGCACUCAGCAGAUCUUUUGGAAGAAGAACUAGAUCUGCUGCUUAAUUUAGAUGCACCUGUAAAAGGUGACAUCUCAUCAGACCAGACGUCAUGGGACCUGGAGUCCGAGAAAGGGGGCCAGGUGGCCCAAGAAGAAAAAGAUCCGGCACAGCCGUCUGUGUUGGAAGAAAAGAAGGUAGAAUCUGAGCAACCCCGUACAUCAAAAAAUGUUACCGAGGAAGAGCUUGAAGACUGGUUAGACAGCAUGAUUGCCUAAUAACAACCCAAGAAACAAGUAGAAGAGACAGAAAGAAACUGAAAAGUGCCUGAAGCCAAAUCUGGUUACCUUGUAAGGGCAGGUGGGCCCAAGGCUGUCCUUGAAGAUUAGCCAGUUUACAAGCUUGGCCUGAGCCUGUGUGGCCAUCACGCUUAGCACAGUAGAUGCCUUCCUCCACGUUCAACAACCUCCGAAACAAGACAUCUAAGAGGCUUGCUGCCCUUGUUCUCUGGCUUAGUAAUUGACUAGAUUUCUUAAGGGCAGGCGAUACUACGGCCCUUGUUUCCUGUCUCUGCCUUUCAUUGCUGACAGCAUCGCAGGUGCUGCUGAAGAGUAGAGCGACAAGCAACCAGGCAUGCAUUUGGUCAAAAUAAACAAAACGCUGGUCUGUG